AAGCAAAGGAAUCGGGUACUGAGAGAGAGAGGCGAUUGUCGGCCUUUGAUGCUAUAUUGAAUGAAUAUAAGGCUAGCCAAGACCCAUCUAAGAAUAUCAGACUGAUUGGAGGUCAUACAACGUAUGAAGGCAACGUUGAGGUACGGCUAAGGAAUGGCAGUGUCUGGGGGGCUAUAUGUGACGACUCCUGGGACGAACAAGAUGCUGAAUUGGCCUGUCGGACCCUGGGUUUUCAAGGUUCUUUGGGGGCCACUUCGAACAGCUUCUUUGGGGAUACGUCGGAUGAAUACCACCUGGAUGAGGUUCGAUGCAAGGGAGGUGAAAGCGAUAUCUUCGAGUGUUCUCAUCUUCCGUUCGGUCACCACAACUGUGAGGAAGGAGAGAUUGCCGGGGUUCAUUGCAUACCAGAUAUUAGACUCCGAGGGAGCAAGAACGUCCGCGAGGGUCGAGUCGAGAUCAGUUACGACGGGGAGUGGGGUACGAUAUGCGAUGACUCUUGGGACAUGGUCGAGGCCGACGUUGUCUGCCGUAUGAUAGGGUAUCCCCAUGCCACGGCGGCGCCCAAGGCAGCGAGGUUUGGUCCAGGUGAAGGGGCCAUCAUCCUUGAUGAGAUUCAGUGCGAUGGAUCGGAGAGGACAAUCCAGGAAUGCCCCCACGACGGGUUCCUGGAUCAUAACUGCCACCACGGGGAAGAUGCCAGUGUGAUCUGUGAUCUGAACAUGCGGCUUGUGAAUGGCACCAUGCCAGGGCGUGGUCGCCUGGAGGUGUACCAUACCGGUAAGUGGGGGACGGUUUGCGAUGAUGCCUGGAGUCUGGAGAACACCAACGUUGUCUGCCAGGCCCUGGGAUACCCCGAAGCCACAGAGGAGAACCUCCCGCUCCAGACAAGCUUUGGUUACGGCACCGGUGAUAUCAUCCUGGAUGAUGUGGUUUGUCGAGGCAACGAGACGGAACUGUACGAGUGUUUGCAUGAGCCAUACUUUAAGUGCAAUUGCGAGCAUAGUGAGGAUGUCAGCGUUACGUGUCCACCUGUUGUUCGUCUGGUUGGGGGCCGAGCUCCGGAAGAGGGCAGGCUUGAAGUUUAUCACAAUGGAUUGUGGGGGACGAUCUGUGACGACGGUUGGGAUAUGCAGGAUGCUAACGUCGUUUGUCGCAUGCUUGGGUACGUCGCUGCUGAAGAACCUCUCCUUACGGUCUUCCAGCCAGGGAGUGGCAACAUCUUCCUUGAUGAGGUCAAUUGCCAUGGUAACGAGACAAGCAUUUGGGACUGCGAGAGUGAUGGACUUAUGGUCCAUAAUUGCGGGUCCAUUGAGGAUGUUGGACUGCGAUGUAAAACAGCGUUUACCACCCAUGAGCCCAUGUCCGAGCUUGAGGUGCGCCUUGUCGGGGGUCAAGGUGACCGUCAGGGUCGCGUCGAGGUCUUCUACAACGAUGCGUGGGGGACCGUCUGUGACGACUCCUGGGACAUCAGGGAUGCCGAGGUCGUCUGCCGUAUGCUCGGAUUCCCCGGGGCGGAGUCGGCGCUUCUGUCCGCGUUCUUCGGUGAGGGGUCGGGCAGCACGUACCUGGAUAACGUUGACUGUACAGGCGAGGAAGAGAACCUCGCGCAAUGCGUCCAUAACGGGAUCAUGGUUGAGAACUGCGGGCAUCACGAGGAUGCGGGCGUGGUGUGCUCCCCAUUGGUUCGUUUGGUGAAUGGUAGCCACUACCGUGAGGGUCGGGUAGAGCUCUACUAUGACGAAGAAUGGAGCACGAUUUGCAACGACGAAUGGGGGAUCCACGAUGCUGAGAUUGUUUGCCGGAUGGCGGGAUUCCCGGGGGUCGAAGGUUACCGAGUCUCCGGAGAGUACGGGGAUGGCAGUGGAAAGAUUAUCUUGGACAAUGUGAACUGUAACGGGAGUGAGUGGGAUAUCUUUGGGUGCGGCCACAAUGGUCUGUUUGUGCAUAACUGCAGACAUUCGGAAGACGCUGGGGCUGUGUGCACGUCAAGAGUACGUCUUGUUGGCGGCACGACUAGCAACGAAGGACGCGUCGAGAUGUACCACAACAACGCUUGGGGAACCAUCUGUGAUGACGGGUGGGAUAUCAAGGACGCGGACGUUGUCUGCCGGAUGCUCGGUUUCUACCGGGCCGAGAGCAUCCCGUCGUCGGGGAGAUAUGGAAUGGGGCGGGGCCAGAUCCUCCUGGAUACGCUGCAGUGUAAUGGCACAGAGGGUGAUAUUCUGGAUUGUGAGCACAAUGGUCUCCUGAAACAUGACUGUGAUCAUGAAGAAGAUGCGACUGUGAUUUGCCUUGCCCCAACUGAAGCAGCGAAGAUGACCUUGGAUAUCCGUCUUGUUGACGGUGGGAGCGCACGCCAGGGUCGUCUAGAGGUGGAAUACAACGGCGAAUGGGGUACGGUGUGUGAUGAUGGCUGGGAUUUGCGUGAUGCGGAGGUGGUAUGCCGCAUGCUCGGUUUUCCUGGGGCGGAGAACGCCCUCUCCGGUGCGUUCUAUGGAGAGGGUACCGGGGCUACGGUGCUUGAUGACGUCAGCUGUGAGGGGACGGAGGAGGAUUUGGCGCUGUGUCGGCAUAACGGUUAUCUGAUGGAGAAUUGCGGUCACAGUGAGGAUGCGUCAGUUAUCUGCUCUCCGCUAGGUCGUUUGGUAAAUGGCAACAACUACCGAGAAGGAAGAGUAGAGGCGUAUUACGAAGGCGAAUAUUACUCCGUCUGCGACGAUCUUUGGGAGAUGGAAGAAGGAAAUGUUUUCUGUCGGAUGCUUGGAUUUCCCGGUGCUGAAGCGGUUCACGCGCUGGCCAACUUCGGACAGGGCGAGGGCGACAUUAUCCUCGAUAAUCUCAGCUGUGAUGGGACGGAGGAUAGUCUGUUCGACUGCGAGGGCAGCACACCGUUUGAGCAUAACUGCAAGCAUAAUGAAGAUGCAGGAGUGACAUGCUCACAGAGUGUUCGCCUUGUGAAUGGAAGCGAUGCCCACGAAGGCAGGGUGGAGGUCUACUACGCAGGGGUAUGGGGUACCGUCUGUAACGAUGACUGGGAUUGGAAUGAUGCUAACAUCGUCUGUAAGAUGCUGGGCUACUCUGGAGCUGAGGUAUCGCAACAAAUGGCAGACUUCGGAGCAGGUGUUGGUCCCAUAAUUCUGGAUGACGUCUCCUGCUCAGGGGAUGAGCUGAGUAUCUUUGAUUGUCCUUCGAUGGGUAUCUUCAGGCACGACUGUGAGCAUGCAGAGGACGUUGGUGUUAUAUGCAUAGAAGACAGCAAGGAGCAACAAUCCAGUCUCUCUCUGCGUCUUGCCGACGGACCGAACUCCAGAUCCGGUCGUGUCGAGAUCAAGUACGACGGAGCCUGGGGCACAAUCUGUGACGAUGACUGGGACGUCAACGGUGCCGACGUCGUCUGUCGCUCCCUCGGCUUCCCGGGGGCGGACCAGGCAAUACUCCGCGGUCGAUUCGGGGCCGGAGAGGGCGCUAUAGUUCUAGACAAUGUGAGAUGCGAUGGUUCGGAGGUGAACGUCGAGUCUUGCUUGCACAAUGGAUUCCUGGAGAAUAAUUGUGACCAUGACGAGGAUGCUGGUGUCAUCUGCCUUCCUCAGGCUCGGCUUGCGGACGGGUCAAGCUACCGCGAAGGGCGCGUGGAGCUCUUCUACCAAAACGCCUGGCAUACAGUCUGCGAUGACCAGUGGGAUGCGCUGGACAGCGCGGUGGUCUGCGACGGCAUGCUCGGUCUCCCGGGAGUGGACGGCCCCCAGUGGGAGCUCUCCUUUGGGCCAGGGGAGGGGGAAAUCAUCAUGGACGGUUUGAACUGCUUGGGGAAUGAACCGAGCAUGGACGGUUUGAACUGCUUGGGGAAUGAACCGAGUCUGUUCCAGUGCCGCAGCCGAGGGCUGUUCGUCCAUGAUUGCACCCACUUCGAGGAUACUGGUGUGAUCUGCUCCCCUUCAGUCCGUCUUGCUAAUGGCUUUCGAGAGCAUCAAGGUCGCGUGGAGUACUACUACAAUAACCAAUGGGGAACCAUCUGUGAUGAUGAAUACGGAUCUUGGAGCAUAGAGAAUGCCAACGUGGUCUGCCGGAUGUUGGGCUUCGUGGGUGCCGAGAGUGCCCGCGGAAGCGCUUUUUACGGAGAGGGCGACAGCGAUAUCGUCCUAGCGAAUGUCCACUGCAACGGGAAUGAGACAAAUGUCGCAGACUGCUCACGGAACCAGUUCUUGGACCACCUGUGUGCACAUUCGGAGGACGUCGGGGUAGCUUGUUCACUUGGAGUUCGUCUAGUUGGAGGCAACAAACCGAGCGAAGGUCGCGUUGAGGUGUUCUACCGCAACGCUUGGGGAACCAUCUGUGAUGAUCUCUGGGAUAUGAAUGAGGCUCACGUCAUUUGUAGAAUGCUCGGGUACUCCGGAGCCUCAGGAUAUACGAUAGGAGCAUCUUUCGGACAAGGCCAAGGUGCUAUAGUCCUGGAUAAUAUGAUGUGCAAUGGCACGGAGGAGCGGUUGGCCGAUUGUGAUCAUAAUGGAUUCUACAAUCAGAACUGUGGACAUCACGAAGAUGCUGGGGUUAUCUGCAUAGAGGAAGUGAUUCCUCCUCCUGAGCCUUCAACCCCUGAACCCACCCUCCUGCCUGGUACACCUCUGCUUCCCAUCGAAAUCACGAGCGGGGCAGUCCGCCUCCAGAACGGCAGCUCCGACCGUGAAGGUCGCGUCGAGGUGUUUCACAACGGCUCCUGGCACCCAAUCUGCGAUGACACUUGGGACGAGCUGGAGGCGGACAUCAUCUGCAGGAUGCUAGGCUUCCCAGGGGCAGUUCUUGCCAAGCGGCACUCCUACUUUGGCUCGGGGAAUGGAAGCAUUCUUUUGGAUGACCUCGGUUGCUUCGGCAAUGAGACAGAUCUUCUCUCGUGCACACACGGAGGGCUGUACCAACAUAACUGUGGGUCGAUAGAACAUGCUGGAGUCAUCUGCCAAAAUACAGUAAGACUACAGGAUGGUGCCCGCCCACUUGAGGGUAGGGCGGAGCUUUACGCCAACAACGCCUGGAACACCAUCUGUGAUGAUGGUUGGGAUGUCGACGAUGCUGAUGUUGUUUGCCAGAUGUUAGGAUACCCGUCCGCCGAGGCGGCAACUGUGAGAGCAACCUACGGUAGUGGGACCGGGGAUAUCCUACUGACAGGUGUGGACUGUAACGGCAUGGAGAGCAGCAUCUUUGAAUGUGGUCACAGCGGACUUGACGUACCAAACUGCGACCAUUCGGAAGAUGCCGGUGUGGUCUGCUCACCAAAUGUUCGUCUUAUCAACGGCAGCACUAACCUUGAAGGCUGGCUUGAGUACUACUACAACGGAUCCUGGGGGACAAUCUGCAAUAGCAACUGGGAUAUCCUGGAUGCCAACGUGGUGUGCAGGAUGCUUGGUCACAACUUGGCUGUGACAUCGGUGAGCCAUGACGAGUUCGGUCCAAGCGAAGGACCGAUCAUUCUGAGUGAUGUAGGAUGUACAGGACAGGAGAUGGACCUGUCGGAAUGUCACCAUGGGCGGUUCUAUCAACACGAUUGCACACAUCGUGAUGAUGUGGCAGUUGUUUGCACUGAUGACGUCGAGGUCCGACUCGUGGGCGGGAGCAGCGACAACGAAGGGCGGGUAGAAGUUAACUUCCAAGGUUCUUGGGGGACAGUUUGCGAUGACUAUUGGACCAUUGACGCUGCUCAUGUUGUCUGUCGAAUGCUGGGAUACCCCGCUGCAGAUGGGUACGAACCAGGUGGUUUCUUCGGACCCGGUGAGGGGGCUGUAGUGUUUGAUGAUGUGCGCUGCAUUGGAAACGAGACAAAUCUUGCUGAUUGUAGGCAUCGGGAGACCUUGACCAGUAAUUGCGGACAUUCUGAGGAUGUAGGAGUGAUCUGUGCAGAUAUAACUGGGACAGAAGCCGCUACCGCAACAACCCCCAUGCCCAGGCCAAUCGUUGACUUGCAGGUGCGCCUUGCCGGUGGCAGCAACAAUCGAGAAGGGCGUGUUGAGGUGUUCUACAACGGUUCUUGGGGAACCGUCUGUGAUGACCUCUGGGAUAUCAACGAUGGCGCUGUUGUUUGUCGAAUGCUGGGGCUUGGAAGGGCCAUGUGGACGUACGGCUCCGGUCAGUUUGGUUCUGGUGAGGGGCCUAUUUUCCUGGACGAUGUGCAGUGCCUUGGAACGGAGGAGAAUCUCGGAGAAUGCCAGCAUGACGGGUUCUUGGUCAAUAACUGCCAACACACCGAAGAUGCUGGAGUGCAAUGUAAUGCACCUGAACCAAGUGGACCCCUUGAAGUGCGACUGGUAGAUGGAGCAAAUGAAAUGGAGGGCAGGGUAGAAGUCCUCUACAACAACUCCUGGGGCACUAUCUGUGACGACCAAUGGGGAAUCAGCGAUGCAGAAGUCGUCUGUCGGAUGCUUGGUUUUGUAAGGGCAGUCAGAGCUUCAACUGGUGCUGAGUUUGGCCAAGGGAACGGCUCAAUUGUUCUGGAUGAUGUGGCCUGCCAUGGACAUGAGAUGAGUCUUCUAGAUUGCCAGAGAAGGGAUUUCUUGGAUCAGAACUGUGGCCAUCAUGAAGAUGCUGGGGUUGUGUGUUCAAAUUUGAAUGUUACUGAACCCCCAACCACCAUUACACAUUUUGAGGCAAGGCUUGUUGGCGGAGACACAGAGCGCGAAGGACGUGUAGAGGUCUUCUAUAAUGGCUCUUGGGGAACCGUCUGCGAUGAUCUAUGGGAUAUGAACGAUGCUGUAGUUGCCUGCAGGAUGCUCGGAUUGGGCCCUGCUCUCCGUGCGUACACCUCUACAGAGUUUGGUGCUGGUGAAGGACCGAUUGUCCUGGACAAUCUGGAGUGUCUAGGAACAGAGGAGAAUCUUGGAGAAUGCCAGCAUAAUGGUCUGUUGGUCAACAAUUGCCAACAUUCUGAAGAUGCAGGCGUGCGUUGUGCUGCUCCUGAACCAUCCGAGCCACUCCAGGUCCGUCUAGUUGAUGGUGCCAACGAACUGGAGGGCAGGGUAGAAGUCCUCUACAACAACUCCUGGGGCACCAUCUGUGACGACCAAUGGGGAAUCAGCGAUGCAGAAGUCGUUUGUCGGAUGCUUGGUUUUGUAAGGGCAGUCAGAGCUUCGAGUGGUGCCGAGUUUGGCCAAGGAAACGGCUCGAUUGUCCUGGAUGAUGUGGCCUGCCAUGGACAUGAGACGAGUCUUCUAGACUGUCAGCGAAGCUACUUCUUGGAACAGAACUGCGGCCAUCAGGAGGAUGCAGGAGCAGUAUGUUCAAAUUCCAAUGCUACCGAACCUCCACCUACCAUCAUACAGUUUGAUGCAAGGCUUGUUGGCGGAGACACAGAGCGGGAAGGACGUGUAGAGGUCUUCUAUAAUAGGUCUUGGGGAACGGUCUGCGAUGAUUUGUGGGAUAUGAAUGAUGCUCUUGUUGUAUGUAGGAUGGUUGGUUUUGGUCGUGCCAUGAGGGCAUACAGCGCUGCUGAGUUCGGGCCCGGAGAGGGACCGAUUGUCUUGGACAAUCUGGAAUGCCUUGGAACAGAGGAGAAUCUUGGAGAAUGCCAGCAUAGUGGAUUAUUGAUUAACAACUGUCAACAUUCUGAAGAUGCGGGAGUGCAAUGUGCUGGCCCAGAACCAACCGAACCUCUCCAGAUACGUCUAGUAGAUGGAGCCAAUGAAAUGGAAGGUCGAGUCGAAAUCCUCUACAACAACACCUGGGGAACCAUCUGCGAUGACCUUUGGGACAUCAAUGAUGGCAACGUUGUCUGCAGGAUGUUGAACUACACCAAGGCUGUCAGUGCACCCAGAGGAGCAGAGUUCGGUGAGGGUGAAGGCCCCAUCUUCUUGGAUAACAUAGAAUGUCAAGGAGAUGAAGCAAGUCUCCUAGAUUGUCAACGGCUUGGUUUCCUGGACCAGAACUGUGGCCAUUCGGAGGAUGCAGGAGUGGUCUGCACAAAUACAAGUGCUACCGAAGCUCCACCUACAUCAAUGCCUGUAGUCGACCUCCAGGUGAGACUCGUUGGUGGCACAACCGACCUUGAGGGACGGGUAGAGGUGUAUUUCGAUGGCACUUGGGGCACAAUAUGUGAUGACCAAUGGGACACGCUUGAUGGCCAUGUUGUAUGCAGGAUGCUCGGCCUGGGCACGGCUCGGUCAGCCCAAGGCUAUGGAGCCGGUGAAGGACCCAUCCUCCUAGACAAUGUACAAUGCCAGGGGACAGAAGACAACCUUGGGGGAUGCCAACAUCAAGGAUUGUUCAAUCAUAACUGCGGCCAUGCGGAAGAUGCUGGUGUCAGAUGUUCAGGGAAUGCCACCCAGGAAUCCCUCAGAAGUCUGCGAGUUAGAUUGGUGGACGGGACCACACCCAGUGAAGGUCGCGUUGAGGUCUUACAUGAGGGCAACUGGAGCACCAUCUGCGAUGAUUACUGGGAUCUACCUGAUGCUCAUGUUGUCUGUCGAAUGCUGGGCUACCCUGGAGCAGAAAGCGCCCUCUCGAGUGGGUUCUUUGGACAGGGUGAAGACAGGAUUCUUCUGGACGAUUUGGAAUGCUUCGGUAACGAGACGAGCCUUGAGGAUUGCCAGUAUCCAGGAUUCUACCAGCAUAAUUGUCAACAUUAUGAAGAUGCAGCUGUGGUCUGUAGGCCCAAAGUGCGACUGACCGGAGGAGGCAACUACCGCCAGGGUCGUGUCGAGAUCUACUAUGACAACACCUGGAGCACUGUUUGCGAUGACUCCUGGGACCUCAAUGAUGCCAAUGUUGUAUGUCGGAUGCUUGGCCAUGCGGAGGCGGAAGCGUACCGGACAUUGUCGUUCUUUGGUCAAGGAGUAGGAGAGAUUAUCCUGGAUGAUUUGGAGUGUUCGGGAACUGAAAGGGACAUCUUGGACUGUCAGCAUGCAGGACUGUUCAACAACAACUGUGGACAUUCAGAGGAUGCUGGUGCUGUCUGCUCACAAAGAGUACGCCUGGCUGAUGGGGGUAUCCCCAGCGAAGGAAGGGUUGAGUUCUACAGCAACGGAACCUGGGGUACAGUUUGUGAUGACGCCUGGGACAUCGAGGAUGCCACAGUGGUCUGUCGCAUGCUGGGGUACCACAAGGCUGCAUCCGCUCCCCUUGGGGCGUUUUUCGGUCCUGGUCAGGGAGAGAUCCUGUUUGAUGAGGUAGGCUGUACUGGAACUGAGAGUGGAUUGAUGGAAUGUUCUCAUCGCGGACUCGGCGUAAAUAACUGCGGGCAUGGGGAAGAUGCUGGUGUUAUCUGUGCAAAUGAGCUUGAUGUCAGACUGGUUGACGGUGAGAAUGACAACGAGGGGCGUGUCGAAGUCCUUUACAACGGUGCCUGGGGAACCGUGUGUGAUGACUCAUGGGAUAUGAAUGAUGCGCACGUCGUCUGUCGUCAACUCGGCUACCCCGGAGCAGAGGAAUCGUACGGUUAUGCUCACUACGGCGCUGGGGAUGGCCAGAUUGUUCUGGACGAUGUAGAAUGCAUUGGCAACGAGACAAAUAUAGCGUUCUGCCGUCAUCGGGACAUCGCGAGCAGCAAUUGCGGACAUCAUGAAGAUGCUGGAGUGCUUUGUGCUGAAGGUGGUCCAAUCGAAAACUUUGCUGUCCGCCUCGUCGACGGUCUCAUCCCAAGCAAUGGUCGCGUCGAAGUCUACUACGACGGCGCUUGGGGAACCGUCUGCGAUGACGGCUGGGACAUUAACGAUGCAAAUGUUGUCUGCCGUAUGCUUGGCUAUGCCAGAGCAAUGUCGGCGCCGUUCGGGGCGCGGUUUGGAGGGGGCACUGGUCAGAUACUCCUGGAUGACGUGGACUGCCGAGGAUCAGAGACAUCACUAUUUGAUUGCGAGAAUAACGGACUCCGGCAGCAUAAUUGCGGGCAUACUGAAGAUGCAGGGGCUGUCUGUAGCUCAGAACACUCCGAGAAACCCAGCCUUCCUGUCAGACUAACAGGAGGGUCUACCCCAUCUGAGGGCAACGUGGAGGUCUAUUACAAUGGGGUGUGGGAUAACGUGUGUGACAAUACGUGGGACUUAGCUGAUGGAUUUGUCGUUUGCAGGCAACUUGGUUACAGCAGCGUCCGACGGGUCUCGCGUAACUCCCGCUACGGCCAGAACAGCAACCUCUACAGGCUUCUGGACGUCCACUGCACGGGGGCGGAGAACGGGCUCGGUGACUGCAGGGAAGAGGUCACCGAGGAUCUUGAUAUCUGCAGGUUUGGAAGGGAUGCUGCAGGAGUGUCCUGUGCUACAGCCUCAGACGGAGAUGUGCGCAUCGUAGGCGGUCCAAACUACCUCAUGGGAAGGGUUGAGAUUUACAACGAGGGCUCGUGGGGCACCGUGUGUGACGAUAACUUUGAUCUCAACGACGCCCACGUGGUCUGCCGCCAAGCUGUCUCCGCAGAGGCAAUAACCUUUGCUCCCAAUGCGUUCUUCGGGCCCGGAAACAACAGCAUUGUGUAUGAUGAGCUGGAUUGCGGCGGUUACGAGACUACUUUGGCGGAUUGCCCGGUGGGUGUUGGGUUACGAGGAGACUGCUCCCACGCUGAGGAUGUGUCAGUAGCAUGUCAUAUACCAGUCCGUCUUGUUGGAGGUUCUGGCCCUCAUGAAGGACGGGUUGAGAUGCGUUACUUUGGCGGAUGGGGAUCCGUCUGUGACUCAGAAUGGAGCAUCGAAGACGGUGACGUCGUCUGUCGCCAGCUCGGCUACGAGGGCGCCGAGGAGGUGUUCUACGAUGCACACUUUUCUCCUGGAGAUGGCAGGGUUGUUCUUGACGGACUCCGUUGCCAUGGGAAUGAGAGCCAAUUGAUGCUGUGCCCUCAUGAUGGAAUUUUGACCAAUAGGAAUGGCUGUACUAACGAUAAUGAGGCUGGAGUCAGAUGUAGGGAGGAAACCGAUGCCACCACCUUUCCUACCACAACUGGCUACAACCUUGCCGACAAUGCAACAACCUCAAUGGGCACGCCAACCAGCAAUACCACCAUGCCACCCCCUACCACUGUGCCAGCCGACCCUAGCAAACAUGGACAGGUGCGUCUGGUGGGCGGGGCCACACCCAAAGAGGGGCGUGUGGAAUGGAACGUCAACGGCAUCUGGGGAUCGGUUUGCGAUGACUUCUGGGAUCUGAAGGACGCCACCGUGGUCUGCCGGGAGUUAGGGUUCGUCUCGGCUCGCAAGGCGGUCAUGCUUGCGGGAUUCGGCCAGAGCAGCGGACCGAUCAUCGCUGAUGAUGUCCUUUGCCGUGGGACGGAAGAGAGCUUCUCCAAUUGCUCCAAGAGUGAUACCAAUAACUGUGGUCAUUCCGAGGAUGCGGGAGUCAUCUGUAACACAGAGAUCACAUCCUACACUCCUAACCUUAUUGACAUGCAAGCCAACGCCACCUUUGCUUCCGGAACCGUGAGCAUCGGUGGAACCAAUGAAUCAUCAGUAUUCGUCUGCAGCGAAGGGUUUAACUUCGCCGACGCUACCGUCGUCUGCCACCAACUUGGGUACCGUAGUGCCAUGAAGACCUAUGAAAAGACGACAGAGCAGGGGGAUGUGAGUGCCUCGGUUAGGUUUGAGUGCAUUGGGAAUGAGGAGAAGCUUGGGGAUUGUUCCGCGGAGGAGUACGAUCCUGUCAACUGGAACUGCCUUCCGUUUGAAGCAGCCGGACUUGAUUGUUUCCCAUCAUACGAUGGUGUGUCCAUGGCCCUGAUCGGUGGCAGUGCACCCUGGGAAGGUCGCUUAGAACUGACCAUCAACUCCGUCACCGGAACCGUCUGCGACGACUACUUCAGCAUGGAGGAUGCCCACGUGGUCUGCCGGUCCCUUGGGUAUCCAGGCGCGGUCUCGCUUUCGGGUAGCAGUCUGUUUGGCGAAGGGACGGGAGAGAUCUUCUUGGAUGACGUGAGUUGUUCAGGAGACGAAGAUCACAUUCUUGACUGUUUUCACGAUGGUGUCGGGGUUCAUAACUGUGGUCAUCGGGAAGAUGUCUCUAUCAUCUGCGAUGGAGGUGAGGUCCAACCCACAACAGCAGCAGACAAGAUCCGCCUGAUGGACGGAAACUUCCCCUCCGAGGGGCGCGUGGAAGUACUCCACAACGGCAUCUGGGGUACGAUCUGCAACGACGGCUGGGACAUCGACGACGCAAACACCGUCUGUCGGAUGCUCGGCUACAAAGGGGGCGCCCUACAGGCUGUCCUGUCACCGGAGUUCGGCGAGGGCUCGGGUCCGAUCGUGCUGAGUAAUGUUGCGUGCAAGGAAAACGAUACGAAUCUGUUGGAUUGCGACUUUCCACCGUUUGGCACGCACACCUGCUACUUUACGAGAAUGGAUGCAGGGGUGCGCUGCAGCACAGGAGAAGUCAUACCCAAUCCAUUGAAUGUAGGUGUUCGCCUUGUGAACGGUAGCAAGUCUAGCGAAGGCCGGGUAGAAAUCUUCUAUAACAAUACAUGGAGCUCUGUUUGCGAUGAUGCCUGGGACUUACAGGAUGCCCUCGUUGUGUGCCGACAGUUGGGCUUCCCAGCGGCUGCAUCAGCACCGUUACGAUCUAGGUUUGGUCCUGGUGAAGGGCCCAUCGUUGUGGAAGACUUUGGUUGCCGUGGUAAUGAGAGUAACUUGGCGGAAUGUGAUCAUGACCCGUGGACGAUCCAUGACUGCACACAUGGCGAGGAUGCUUCCGUUGUAUGCCUUGAAGAUUUAUCGGCUCCAGUGCGUCUUCGAGGAGGUAUUUACCCAGGCGAGGGCCGAUUAGAGAUCUACCUAGGGGACAAUUGGGGCACGGUUUGUGACGAUGGAUUCACUUUCAACGAAGCGAACGUAGUCUGCCGUCAGCUAGGCUAUCCUGGCGUUCUUCAGAUAUUAGCGGGUGAACAGUUUGGUGGUCUAGAGUACCUCCCCACUCUCCUAGAUGAUGUGACGUGUGUCGGUGACGAGACUUCUCUGGCGAUGUGUUUGCAUCGAGGUGUGGGCGAACACAACUGUAUCACAGCAGAGAAUGUCGGCCUCAUAUGUAACACAUCUUCAGCCUAUUUUCCUGAUGCCCCUGUGAGAUUGAGUGGAAAAUCUAAUGAUUCAGGGAGAGUAGAGGUCUAUCAUGACGGAGAAUGGAGAGCCGUAUGUGAUAACAACUGGGACCUGAACGAGGCGAGUGUUGUAUGUCGUCAGCUAGGCUACCCCAGGGCUUUUAUAGCAGACACAGGUUCCUACUACGGUGGGGACCCCAUAGGCUUCUGGCUGUAUGACGUCAAGUGCUCUGGUACAGAGUCUAACCUCGGUCAGUGCAGUCACGCCGAGUGGGGUCAAGGGUCGUGUGCGUUCAGCCAGGAAGCUGGAGUAAUGUGUUUUCCAGCGAGCGAUGGUGACGUUCGUCUAGCGGAAGGAAGAACCAGUCUAGAGGGAAGGGUUGAAUUCUACUCUAACGGUGAAUGGGGCACCGUUUGUGAUGACCUAUGGAGCAGAGAAGACGCUGAUGUAGUAUGUCGGCAGCUAGGCUUUGGCCCAGCAGCUGGGGUGUUUAGCGGUGCUGUGUUUGGUGGAGGCAACGGACCUAUCCAUGUAGAUGACUUGGAAUGCACUGGGAAUGAGACUAGCCUCAUGGACUGUGUGAGGUCAGAGGUCGGAGAGCAUGAUUGCGGCCAUCAAGAAGAUGCCAGUGUUUCAUGUACAUUACCAGUGCGUCUAUCUGGUGGCAGCUCCACCAAUGAGGGUCGCGUCCAAGUCUACUUCGAAGACCAGUGGGGCAAGGUCUGCCGGGAUGACUUCACCGACAUCGAGGCCGCCGUUGUCUGCCGCCAGCUGGGAUUCGCCGGCGGAAACCAGACCGACGCCGCGCAGUACGAUAAUACCGAUGGUCUGUUCCAUUUGGACAAUCUAUCGUGUCGCGGUGAUGAACUAAUGAUAGGCAUCUGCCCUCACAACGGAUGGGGCAAACACGAUUGUUUCGAGGAAGAAGAUGCAGCAGUUAUCUGCUUCUGAAUGCCUUCUCUUUAAAUCUACUCAAAAGAUUUCUUUGAGAGAUAAAAGGGCAGGACAAGUUUGGCUGCAAAAUUAAUUUACUAAUUUUAAGCCAAGAAGCGUAUUUUGGGAUUCGUUUUGCAAACCCACCCAACCUAAAUUUUUCUUUCCAGAGCAUCCAGGAAAAUCCUGCAUAUUUAAUAUCCCCUGAUUUUGCAGCAAAGAAUGUACCGGUAAUUGGGAAUUUGACAUUCGCACUGUGAAUAUGUUCAACCAUGCAUACAUCUGCUUUGUAUGCAAAAUAUGUAUACUGUCUGAUCAACUCGACUAAUAUAUUUAUUGUGUAUAAAAAUUAAUUUUUGCUUUCUUCCUUGGAUUAAGCUAUUCAACGAUGGCAGGAUUGCCAAUGUUAAUUCUAGACAGUCUUUGAAUACAUUUAGCAUGUUAUUUACUGAAACUAUUUGAACCCUGUAUAGAGCCUAUGCAUUCAGCAGGUUUACUUUAAAAAAAAAACCAUUAACUGCAUUAUCACAGUAUAUUGUUAUUCAUAGCAUCGUACAUCGUAUGAAGAAGUAGAACUCCAUUUUCCCAUCUAGUACAUUAGAAAGUUUAUGCACAAUUUAAUGAUUGUUGACCCCUCCCCUCCCGCUAAGAAUGAAUUAAUGUAGGAAGUCAUUUUCUGUUGUUGUUUUUUCUAAAAAUGGGUUAAAAAUUAGAAAAUGUACAUGUAGGUAAUGCUGCAUCAACUCUCUCCAUUUGUUUUAAUACUCUGUUGUUAACAUUGUUUCAGUCCAUAUAUAGUUUGUCAAUGUCUUGCCACAUUUGCCACUGCAAUCGUCAGGCAAUAAUGAUAUGCAAAAGAUUAUUUGUAGAAUGUAAAUAAAUAUUGGUACAUUUUUAUGUACUAUUAUGUUUACA